GCCCCUUCGUCCUCUCUGAGAGUAACAGCAAUGGGCAGUGUGUUAGCUGCCAGCUCUCCCAGUCCACCGGUCCCCACAGCAGGGGCCGGUCCAGGUGGGGCGGGUUUGGUGUCUGUGCCUCCAGGGUUUACCAUGCCUCCUGUUUCGCCUGCCUCACCCACUGCAAGCACUGCCCCUGGACAGCAGGGAGAGGCCGAAGCCCCCCUACCCAACCCCGGUGCCUUUGAGGAGUGUCAUCGCAAGUGUAAAGAGGUCUUUCCCAUGCAGAUGGAGGGAGUGCGGUUAACUGUCAACAAGGGCCUGAGUAACUUUUUUCAGGUCAACCACACUGUAAUGCUCAGCACUCUGGGGGAUUCCUCAUAUCGGUUUGGAGCCACAUAUGUGGGAACCAAGCAAACUGGACCUGCAGAGUCUUUUCCAGUUAUGGUGGGCGAUAUCGACAAUAAUGGCAGCCUGAAUGCACAAAUCAUUCAUCAGCUCACCUCUAGAGUGCGCUCUAAGCUGGCUUUCCAGACUCAGCAGCAGAAGUUUGUGAACUGGCAGGGAGAUGCUGAGUUUCGAGGCGAGGAUUUCACAGCGGCUGUUACCCUCGGCAACCCGGAUGUGCUGGUGGGGUCUGGUAUAGUUGUAGCCCACUACCUCCAGUCUGUCACUCCAUGUCUAGCAUUAGGGGGGGAGCUGGUGUACCACCGUCGACCAGGAGAGGAGGGCACAGUCAUGUCUCUGGCAGGCAGAUACACGGGCACUAAUUUCAUAGCCACUUUGACACUAGGAGGCGCUGGUGCUCAUGCAUCCUAUUACCAUAAAGCUAAUGACCAGUUACAGGUAGGAGUGGAGUUUGAGGCAAGUACACGGAUGCAGGAUACGAGUGUUUCAUUUGGUUACCAGUUGGACGUCCCAAAAGCCAACCUGCUGUUUAAAGGGUCUAUAGACAGUAACUGGGUGGUUGCUGCCACGCUGGAGAAGAAGUUGCUUCCCCUGCCUCUUACCUUAGCCCUGGGCGCUUUUCUUAACCAUCGCAAAAGCAAGUUCCAGUGUGGCUUCGGUGUCACCAUUGGUUAAGGGUCACAUCCUUAGACAACACAAGUGACACACGCAGACAGAGCCUGUCUGGACAGAGAUGAACCCUGGAGUCUUACACACACACACACACACACACACAAACACACACACACACACACACACACAAAAUUAGGAAAUGGUUAGAGGGUUUGAUGUUGUAUAUGUGUCCAAAUUCUGAUUUUUCAAUUUGUCAUGAUUUUAAAACCCACUCAUGGGCGUAACCACACGUUUGAAGCCGUUUGUCUCAGACCUUGCUCUGGUUCUGUCGGACACAAGCUUAGCAUGUUGCCUUUCUGAAAUGGGUGGCGUUGGCUUUCAGUAAGAAAUCAUUUUUAAACCUCCAGACACUCUGCCCCUUCAUUAUGUCAAAUCUGUCAAAUCUUCAGGUUUAGCUUGAGUUUCCCUCUGAACAGAGCAGCGUAAACAGGACAAAGCGAAAGGAGGAUGAAGCUGUAAGGGUUUGAGAGUCAGAGAGGAAGUGUUCACGCUGACAUACAGGGGAUGUCUGAGUAAACGGAGCGCGUGCGAUAAAUAAGAAAUGUUUUUAUUUUUAGUUUUUUUUUUUUUUUUUAUGGUUGACAUUGUCAUUGGCUCUGCUCCAGUGGGUAAUUUAAAUGUUUUCUGUUUUUACUUUUUUGUUGUUUUUCUUUUUCUUGGUUUUCAAGGGCAUGAUUUAAUUGAAGACAUUAAUAUUUGUGUUUAUUGUUUGUUGUUUUG